AUGUCAUCGGCGAAACGUAGGUUGUUGAAAGUUGACCCACUAUUCAAAUACCACCAUUGGGUGAAUAGGCCCUGUCUGAUCGUUAUCACGAAGGACCAGCCUCUACACAAGGAACAGGUACUCAAAGCAUUUAAGAGGACUAUUAACUUUACAAAAGUCAGUUACGCACCGGCGGGUGUGCCUCAUCUCUCCAACUUCAAACUGCGUGUCGAGUUUGAUACGGCACAGCAGAGGGACGAGACAUUAAACCGAUUGAAGGGUGCUUCAGAGAUAUCCGCUGAGCUUCCUAAGGUACUCCGACCUAAGUUUAUCUUGAAGGGUGUGUCAAGGGACACAGCAGCGGAAUCAUUGGUCGAAACCAUCAAAGUCCAAAACCCUAGUGUUGGGGAAACAAUAAAAGACGAAAAGUGUCUCAAGCUACACUUUACUCGUAAAAAUCGCCACAAAAGUCGGUAUAACGCUGUCUUUAUGGCUGUCCUAGCGGUAUGGCAUACCAUCAUGAAAAUCGACAGGGUUAAUGUCGACUACGAAAGGGUGUAUGUACCCAAUUACUCUCCGUUCCUACAGUGUUUCCGGUGCCUGCAGUUUGGACAUACGCGGGCCAACUGCAAAAGUGAGACCAGCAUGUGCUCACACUGUGCGGCUACCGAUCACACUUUCGAGAAAUGUCCCUCAAAAAGUGAUAACGGGCUAAGAAAAUGCCACAACUGCACCCAGCACAACAGCAAGUUCAACAAAAAAGCCAACACAGGACACGCAGCUACGUCCGACGACUGUCCUAGAAUUAAAUCACUCAGACAGAGAAUCAACCUAAAAAUAAACUUUAAUGGAUAA